AUGGCAGACGCUCUCUGCGGGCCCUCGAAUGCCCUCCAGAACUUCCAGAAGCACACGACCGUCGACCGGACGCUGCAGCAGGAUCGUCUGGUCGGCCGCCAUUCUCCGUCGCAGGCCUUCCGAUCGUCGCCCGCAGCCAGCGCCGCCGCGACAGACCACGAGUUCGAUGCCUUUCAAGCUGGGCAGCCAGACUUCCAGCACCGCGCUCCUCCGCAUCUCGCGCAUGCUCCCCGUCUCGUGCAAGCUCCCCAGGCGCUGCCUGACUGGGCCAACGACUUCCAGCGCAUGAACAUCGCCUCUCCGCCGCCACAACAGCACUUCCAGCAGCAACGAGCCCAGCCAGCGAAUGCAUCGUCGGCAUGGCACCAGGACUUUAUGAGGCAGCAGGCGCCGGUCGUGCAGGCCCCAGUCUUGCAGCAGCAGCAGGCGUUCGGGGGAAUGUCGGGGUACGGCAUGGGCGGCUUUGCUGCAUCGCCGUACAUGCAAGCACCCGUCUUCCAGAACGCAGCGCUCUCGGACACGGCGCAGGGGAAGCAGCGGGCGCAAGACGCAGUGCCAGCCUUUGACGAGGCGGCCUUCGAACAGGCCUUUGCACAGGCGCAGCAGGACAUGUUCGAGGAAGCAGUCGCCGAACAGACACAACCACAGCCCCAGCCAGAGCAGCUGGACCGGCCGAGUGAGAUAGACCCUCUUCUUAUGCGGAUACGGGAGACGCGCCCAGCCGUCUACUCGGCCAUCCAGGUCUGGAGCGAGAUGGGCCUCGGCCGCACCGACGAAGCCAUCACCUUCCUAGAUAACAUGGAUCGCCUUGAGAAGACGGGCCAUCUCGUCCAGGACGCAAACGAGGGGCGCUGGAUCGUCGACUCGCUGCAGCGCAUUGCCAACCGCGACGCCCCGCAGGAGAUCAAGACGCGCGCCGAGACCCUCAUCACGGCUGUCAACCAGAGACUCAUGUCGCAGUACCCGCUCGGCGCCCAGGUGCCUAUGAGCGCGGAGCCCCUGUGGCAGGAAAUCGACGCCGCGGGCUACAUGCGGGCUGCUGAGCCAGUCCCAGCCGAGCAGAAAGAAGAGCAACAACAACAGCCACUCACCACCGACGACGACAUGGCCGCAACAGCCGGCCGCCUCCUCGAAAAAGUCGCCGACAACACGAGCGAGAAAUUCAAAAACUCGCAGUUCCUCUCCCUCAUGCGCCGCCUGCGCGACCACAAAGUCCGCGUCGAAGACGACAAGUUCGUAGACGUUGAUGCUGCUCCUACUCCCUCUCCCGACAAAGUCAGUGCUCCACCACCAUCAAUACCGUCGUCGUCGUCGUCUUCCUUCCCCACUGCAAACCCACCACCACCUACAACAAUAAUCCCCGACAUUGAUCCAAUGCUCCUCAACCACGCAGCCACAGACUUCCAAAUGCCAGACUACGCUCAGUACGCUGACUCCCCUCACACUAGCACCCCCAGUAGCUGA